AUGGCCCGCUUCACGGAUCUCCCAAUGGAGAUGGUUAUGGAUAUUUGCGACUUCUUACGUCUUCGAGGCAUCACGGUGAUCGAGGCCUUUGCCGAAACAUCCAACGAUGAAGAAGUAGGCCAGCUACUUCAGCAAGGCUGGGAUGAUGUUCUUAGUCUCUCUCUCACCUGCCGCAAGUAUCAAUGUCUCGAAAAAUGUCUGCAUCAUACCAUCAGCUUGCACGGCAAAGACUUUUUCCACAAAUCCAUCCGUUUCCUGCAGCUUCUUGCUGUUAGGCCCGAGAUUGCUGAAAGAGUUACCAAGAUCUACAUUCGUCUUGAGCGGGUUGCAGGCGUACCCAAUCACAUUGACAAAUACGACGCCGCCUUCAUUCGUCAACAGGCAGAGAAUGCGACCAUCCCAUGGUCUGAGGACGACUGGCUCGAUCAUGCCAAGGAUAUUUGUGACAGACGCAUUUUGACCAUCGCCAGUCUUGUGCUUGGAAAGCUGAAGAACCUUGAACAACUAGGAUUAGGUCUUCCAAGCCAACCCGAUUCCACGCCUUUUCAAGAGGAAGACGAAUAUGCAGGAGACUUUCCAGUCGUCAAUUCCAGUACACAGUAUCUUGCCUUGAGACCAGCAACACACUUUUUGGUCUCCGAUAACAUAGAGCACGAAUUUCUUUCCAUGAUUAAAGUUCAUCCGUCGUAUAUGUUUCUUUGCGGCACCCUUACAAUCCCGUUUCACAACAUCUUCAUCCAUCCGCACCCCACAAUGUUCAAAAAUGUCACUCACCUGACCCUCGUUGAGUUGGAAUGUGGGCCGAAUGAUCCUUCCAGCGUCCUACACAUUAUAGAAAGCUGCGCACCACUGAUUCUAUUCAAAUAUAUUCCUGACGACGGUUGGCUAUUUGAUGACGGCUAUGAUUUUGAAGACAUGCUGCACCCGUUGCAUCUUCUCCGCGGCCUCCAGUCGAAGCACGCUCAUAGCUUGCGCACGCUCUGCAUCAAUUGUUCAUGGCACUACCUUGAUGGCAUGCUACGCCCCGACAGCUUCGCAGCAUUUGUCAAUCUUGAGUACCUUUGGGUGGAUCUUGAUAGCAUCGUAUACACCGAUGGCCAUGAAAUGGCCGAUCCUUCAUCAUUUGGGCCUCUGUCAACGCUUCCUCAGAGCAUCAAAUGCCUGUGUAUCACAGAUUACGACACCCGCGUUAACGCCGCAUCAACGUCGUUCCCAAUGAAAGCAUCUACCUAUAUCGAAGAGUUUGCUGUCGACGAGCAUGUUUGGAACGAUAUUUUCCAAGACUGGAUUUUAAAUGCAAACUUCGAUGUUCUCAUGGACACGGUUGAGAGUUCUAUCAGGUGGGAACCUCGAUGA